CUGGGUGACGCAUUUCCGGCCGCUGUUGGCCUGGUGACGGAGAUUGAUUGAGGAGAAGCUUGAGCGGCUGAGAAAGUUAAUUGGAGCCCCCACCCCCCGGCCUGGCAUGUUUGGUUUAAUUUGGCAUUACCUAUACAGCUCCUUUCUGAGGUCUUGGGUGAAGUGGAUUUUACGAAAGAUCACUGGAAGAUGUGAACUGCAACGCAUUUGUGCGAAUAGUGUUCAAGGAGCAGAGCGAACAAUGAAGAUUGAAUAUUCAUUGGAAUCCUCCAGAAGUGAAAUAUUAAAGUCUUCCGUGACCAUAAAUGAGGAAAAUGUGGAGAACAGAGUUGGUGAGAUCAUGAAAAUCAAAAACAUUUCCACUCAAAAAGAUCCACAUUUCAAGUUAAGUUUACAGAUUUGCUUGCUUCAAAUCACUGGCAUUAAAAAACUCUAUCUUGACGUUGAAAAUCUUCGCAAGCAGCCUUUUGAUUCUUCAAAUAAGCAACAUGAAGACAUGCUAAUAAAGCUGUGGAAAUUGUUGAUGCCUAAUAUACCCCUGGAAUCAAGAAUCACCAAGCAAUGGGGUGAUAUUGGUUUUCAAGGCGAAGAUCCUAAAACUGACUUCAGAGGCAUGGGAAUGCUUGGGCUACAUAAUUUGGUGUUCUUUGGGGAACAUCAUCCAGAAGUGGCACGUCAGACUCUCUCUCAAUCAAAUCAUCCCAAAAUAGGAUAUUCCUAUGCGAUUGUUGGAAUAAAUCUCACUGAAAUGGCUUAUAGUAUGCUGAAAACUGGAUUGUUAAAACCUCAUCUUUACAACUUGGUUUCUGGGGUUCCUCAGUUGCAUCAUUUUCAUGAAUUUUAUUGUUAUCUGAUGUAUGAAUUUAAUCAGUUCUGGUUCAAGGAACAACCAUCUAGCAUUAUGGAAUUCAACUACUACAGAGAGCAAUUUCACAAAAGGGUAAAAGAGCUUUUGAUAGAUCCCCACACAGUCCUUACCCUGAAAACAAAUGGACAGUAAAAUGCACGAAACCCAUAAAAUACCACUUAGCAUUAAUUGAGCAAAGUGAGUUUAUGCAGUGGAUAUGUGCAGUGGAUUUGUUUCUUUUAAAUAGAAACGUAUCAACAUUUUGUGAUGGAAAUUUAGAAUAAGUUCUUUAUCAAAAAGCAUACUUUAAAAUUGUCUCAAGGUGCCUUGUGUUUGAUAGCACUGAUAUUGGUAAUUUAUUUAGGGUAUGAUUCAAAAUACAGUAAUGGAACUGGAAAGCAUAUUAAAACAAGUACUGAUAUGUAUUUAAAUUUGAGUGAUUUUUCAGUUUUAACUUUAGAGGACAGCCUACUAACAGUAAACCCAUUUAGUAUUAUUACAGUUUCCUUUGCUAUUAAUGCAGAGGCUUCAUAAGUAUGUCUAAGAUUGUUGUUACUAAUUUCUAACUUUAUUUUACUGCAUUAAAAUAACCUGGGCAUACUUCAGCUCAUUAUAAGACUGAUAUCAAUGAGAACAAAGUUUUUUAGAUUUCUUGUAUUAAAUUUUCAGUUGAGGUUAUUGGUUUAGAAAUGAUUCUGUGUUUUUCAUGAUUAAAAUUACACACAGAAUUGGAUGGAAAAUAAGUGGCAUGUUAAACCCCACGAGAGCAUUUCCAUCUAGCUUGUGAACUUGUAUAUGCUGUAAAUCAAAGUUUUCCAGCAACAGUAAUUGGUUUUAAUCUGACGGAUGUUUAUUUUGAAAAAUCCUGUAUAUUGCAGAUAAAUUUCUAAAUUAACCUUUGCAUUGGAGUAAUUUUAGCUGUUAAUUACACGGAGUUGUGACCAAGUUCAAGUUGUUGACAAUCUUGCUUGUAUAAUUGUGAUGGCUCUCAAAAAAUAAGAACUUGUUAUCGUUUUUGUCACAUUGUGAGAAAUGAUAAUGGCACUCACCACCACUCUCCACAAAGACAAAUGAAGAACACCAAAGAAAAUAAUUUCUGGUUGUUGUUAGAGAUUUCAAAAGGGCACAAGAAAUGUAAAUUAUGUCUCUUUUUUAAUUUUGAGCCUCAUCUCACUCAGGAUGGCAGCAGCAGGUGAUAUUUUUUCACACACCUUUCCUGCUUUUUAUUGAGGAAUGCUUAUUAGUGUAUCACUGUCAGUCGGAUGUUUUGUAUUUAUUACUGGUGUGAUUAAUCUAGAUAAUACAUUUAUACUUGAAUGUUGAUUAGUUUAUUGAAUGAGAUACUUCCUACCAUUAAAAGAUACUCCGUUUAAAGUUUAUAUAGAUUUGUACCAGAUGGCUUCCCAUAUAAGUGUAAAAGUAGAACUUAUUUUAUGAACUUUUGCUCAAUUAAAAUUGUAUCUGCAACAGCAA